AAUGCGUAAAGCUUGGCCAAAAAGUCUGGAUUGGUUGAUAAGCGGCACAGUUUGGUGUCACAAGAAGAUAAUCUGAGUUAACAUUAGGAAAGGGCGUUACGGAGAGAAUGCAAGGGAAUUUAAUUUAUGACAAUAACGGACCGCCUCACUAGCUGGUAACAUUAGGUUGACCGACAUCGGUAAUGUCAUGAACUGUCGGCGUCUGUCACCUGCUGCGGGAGUGUCCAUCAGAAUUCAACGGACUAACGUUAAGUAGCAAAGUGCGCGACACCUCUGUGCCAAGUUUGAACCAAGACAACAGUUCAGAACAGUGGGAACAAUGUUGCGGUCCACGGCAAGUUUGGGAUGUGACGAGGAGAGAGAGGAAGAGCAAGAGGAUGAGGGAGACGAAGAUUUACGGGAUGGAGGAGUCCCAUUUUUCGUGAACCGGAGUGGACUGCCAGUUAAUGACGAGACUUGGGAGCGAAUGUGGCGGCACGUUACCCGUAUACACCCGGACGGCGAUGCAGUGGCAAAGAGGAUACGUGGAGCCAUUGACCUGCCUAAGAUUCCAACACCAAGCGUGCCUACAUACCAGCCAACCAACAGCAUCCCCCAGCGCCUGGAAGCCAUACAGAGAUACAUCAGGGACUUGCAGUACAAUCACACUGGAACACAGUUCUUUGAAAUCAAGAAAAGCAGGCCUCUCACAGCGUUGAUGGAUAUCGCAAAGGAGAUGACCAGAGAAGCCCUACCAAUCAAAUGUCUGGAAGCUGUGAUCCUUGGAAUUUACCUCACCAACUGUAUGGCCACGGUGGAACGCUUUCCUCUCAGCUUUAAAACUCAGUUCUCAGGAAGCCACUUCCGUCACAUCGUGCUCGGCAUCCACAGCGGCGGACGCUUUGGGGCGCUCGGCAUCAGCCGACGGGAGGACCUCAUGUAUAAACCACUGGAGUUCCGUACGUUGGCCGACUUGGUGCAGGAGUUCCAGGGCGCAUAUCAAGGCUACUGGCACACGCUGCGUAAAGUGAAGAUUGGUCAGUAUGUGUCACAUGACCCUCAUAGUGUGGAACAGAUUGAGUGGAAGCAUUCUGUCCUGGACGUGGACAAGCUGUCCAAGGAGGAGCUGAGGAGGGAGCUGGAGAGACACACGCGUGACAUGAGGCUGAAGAUUGGAAAGGCGAUCCCCCCCUCCCCCACCAAAGACAGGAAGAAAGACACUGGCUCCCCACUACGCAACCCGGGCAGCCCCAUGCGCCGGAACAGCCGCAGCGAUAGACGGCCGUCAGGGGAAAAGAAGACUCUUGAACCUAAACCUCCAUCUGACAUGAAUGGAUACCAGAUUAGGGUGUAAUCUGGAGAGGAUGUGCUUCUUCUGCUACAAGUGGAUACCACUGAUUUUUCUACUUUUUUUACUCUUAUACAGUUGAUUGUGCAGUUGAUAGAACUGUUGGAUUGUUUUUUUAAACAAUCAACUGAGUAUUUGGUCGUACAUGCUGACCACCAUGGGACUAAUUUUAAGACGAUACAGAAAAGACAUGUCUUUCAAGUACACAGGGUUUGAGUGAUUAUCAUAUGAGUGUGACGUUUUGCUGUCUUUAAGCUUUUCCGAAGGUUCUGUACUCUGGUGAUGUCCCCUGGAAAAAAUCUAGCAUCUGCAUGAUGCUACAGUGUCCAGAACGUCCGAUGAUGAACGUUCUCUGUACCUCUUAUAUUCUUUUUUACUCAUCAUAUUGUACCUAUAGCCUUUAGACCUGUUAGAAAGCUUCCGACAUUUUGGAGAUACAUGUUUCCAUAUCACAUACCUAGUGCCUUUGAAUCCUUGUCACAACAUUCACCUUCAGUGAUAUGGUCUCAUGUUGGAAGCCAAGACAGCAGAAUUCCAGAUAUGCCUCAUUGUUGCAGAUCUAUGUAGUCAUGCAGACACCUGUCAAUGUUAUCGGACAUGUUUUGCCUCUCUCCAGUGCACUGUCUACUGCACUCAAAAGUUUCAUGUACUAGACUCUGUUUAAGUUCCGCACUGUAUAUCGUAGUGACAUAAUGAGCCAGUCGCCCUUGCCAUUUCAUCUAGGGCUUGGCAGAUUCCGUCCAGGAUGUUCAAGGAAUUCGCCCCUAUUGGCUAGUAGAGCUCAUUACAUAUCAAUUUUAAAUGGCUGAAAUACAUUUUACAUGGCUACAUGAAUUGAGAUCCAGUUGUUAAGAGACUUGACAAAUUGUAGCUCCCUUGGACUUGGGUUAUGUUUAUGUGAAUGAACCCUUCUGACCUGAGCUACACCACUACAGUCCAGUGAGACCUCUACAUAGAAUGCUAGCUCCAACCUUGAUAAAUCUCGAACUUCAGAGGUGCCCCAGGUCAAAGUACGUGAUUGUGUGCCAAUGGGGAAGGGUAAAGUACAACAAUAAUUGUUCUGGGAGACCUUUGAAGUGGGAAAUCUGACUCAAAAAUGAAUUCCAAUUCAUGAUGCCAUCUGAAAUUUUACUUUCAGUCCUUUAUCAACAGUACUCAGUGGUAUCCAAUACCUGUAAUAACCCUGAUUAAAGGUAAAAUGUUUAUUACCAUGUACUAAGCAGCUAUUUUAAGUACCCUUUUAAAGUUUUGCAUGGCUGGAUGAUUUCCAUGGAUUUGUUUUCCAUGGGAAUUGUUGAUGUGACCGGCCAACUCAAACCAACUAAUCAAAUUAAUUACCAAAGUACCAAAAAGAAGAGAAGAAUACUCACAGAGAGGUUUUGCAUGCUCUAACAUUUGCGUUACACCACAGAUAUACCGAUGACUAGAUUCUAAGCCUAUUGCUAUGUGGAAAAUGUUACAUUAUUGUCAAUUAACAAAAGGACAAUCAGAAAUGUUAACAUUUGCCACUUUGCGUAGGGGAAAGCAUUCAAAGCAUAUUUCCUGUGAGAUGGUGGCACAAUUGUUCACGUAAUUGUUUGUGUAUUUCUUCAGAUAAUAAUGACAAAUGCCUUUCCUCUGUCAUACGUCUCCAAAGACUAGAGACCACCUUAGCCCUUGAGCAGACAAGUAUCAUGAAGCAAUCUGAUGCGUUGUGUUGUUUUUCUGCCGUCCCUAUAACUAGUACAUUGCACCAGACUGACAACAGCAUCCUGCCAGCCUGUGACUAGCAUAAGAGCGAUGCUAUUAGAAGACAUGAAUAAAGUCAGAUUUACUAAUUUUAACCACUUUAUACAAUGUUUUUCCAUUGGACAGUUUUUCAGUUGUAUUCUAUUGAAGUGUCUUCACACUGUGCUGUUAAGAUUCCUGUAGUGGAUCAAAAUAGAAUUGUAAUAUUGAA